AUGUCGACACCGAAACCGAUACUGAAUGCGGAAAAUCUCGCCCUAACGAACAAGCGUAUCGGGGAGCUGAAGAAGAAGGUGAUGCUGGCCGAAGGCCAGAAGAAGGCAUACACGGAAGAAUGGAACGACAAGAAGAAGGCACAGAAUGACCGGAUGGCAGAGCUGCGGAAGGAGGUGCGUGACCUUACCAACAAGCUGUCCUACCUGCACAAUCCGACCAGCGCCAAGGCGCAGAAGAAUGUGCAGGAGAUCAAGCGCCGCGUACCGUUGCCGCCCGGUGCGAAAUCGGUCGGGGACGCGCUCCGUAUCGUCGACCUGAAGGUGAUCGAUCUGCACAAGCAGACGGAUGUGACGGAGGACCGCAUACGGAAGCGGGAGCGCCACUUCAAGCAACUGGUCGAACAGUACCAAGCGCUCGUCGGCUAUCGCGACGCCAAGUGUGACGGUUCGAAUCCGCCAGAAACGAUCGAGGAGGACGCAAACCGGAAGUUGAUUACGCGGCUGGAGAACGAAAUCCACCGCACGACGGUGCAGUGGAUGGAGGCGGAACACAUACGCAAGAAGUACCGCGGCAUCAAGUCGUCGCUGAUGCGCGACGCGGAAAAGUUCGAAAGCUCGCUGCUGGAGCUGGAACAGGCUAUUACGGAGCAGCAGGCAGAAAUCAACAAGCUGGAGGAGGUGCACAAGGAGGCGGUCCAGAUGCGGGACAGCACGAAGACGAUACUGCAGCGGCAGGAGCAGACGACACACUACUCGAACAAGGCGCGUGAAAAGCAGGCACAAGACUUCCGGCGCCAGGUGGAGGAGCGCAAGCUCGAGCUCGAACGGCUGGAGCGGAAAAUUUUCUCGUCCGGCAAAACACUCAUCCACCAGGAAAGCAUACUGUCCGGAUCGGGCGAACAUGGGCGGGGUGGUGAGGGCGGUGAUGAUGGGAGCAGCCUGCACGACAAGGACGGUGCGUCGGAGAUGGAGCAGAAGUUCAAGAAGCUGAUGCAGGCGACGGGUGUCAGUGCGGCCAGUGAGGUGGUCGACCGGUUCCUGGCACAACGGGAAGCGUCCGCCCGACUCACCUACCUGCGCACGGUGACCGAGAACGAGAAGAAGCAGCUGGAGGCACAGCGCGAACUGAUGAAGGCGCAGCUGGACGCGUUCAAGUUCGCCGACGUCAAGGAUAGUGAUGUCAACCAGGAGGAGUUGGAAAAGAUUAAAAACUCCAUCGAGGAGCAGAAGCAACGGCGCGAAGAGUGCGACAAGGCGAUCGAGUACACGCGGAACGUGUUCGACACGAUCAAGGAUGCGCUGAUCGAACUACUGCUGAAGUUACGCGAAAUUGAGGAGAGUCUCGAUACGGCCUCACCGUACGGCCGCCGCACGCCGCUGAAGCCGGCCGAGCUGAAAGAUAUCACGUCCGGCAAGCUGGCGGUCGAGGAGCUCGGCAAUCUCCUGGAGGAACGCAUCAAGCUUGGGCUCAUCGCCAGCGGUCAGUUGGCGGCCGACGUUGACAGUGGGCUGUCGGAGGAUGAGGGUGAGCCGGGCCAGCCGGCAGUAAUGGGCACGUCACCGGCCACGCCACCAACGCCGUCCGUGCAGCAGCUGUCACCUGGUCCGGGUGGACCCGCAUCCGCCGCUGGCAGCAGCGUCCUAUCCACCUCCUCACCGGCCGAAGAUCGCGAAAAGCCACCGGCCUAUCCGCCCGUCUACAUGAACCUGAUCGCUGGCCGCACCACCACGCAAAUCUCGUCGACCUCACCCGGCCAGGGCACGACCGUCGUACUGUCCGACGACGAGGGUGAUGUACCGUCACGCAGCUACCUGAAACGGCAGGCCAACAUGAUCAUUGAGGCCAAAUCACGGCGCAAGGGCUUCCGGAUGCCGGUACCGAAAAGACGCUAG